ACCCCCCCCUGCUGCCCCCCCCCUCCGGAGACACCUUCGGAUUCGAAUUCCAGCCGGAUUUGGGCUCCAGGAUUUUCCCCCAACCCCGAGACCCCCCCGGGCCCCUCCUGGGGGGCUUUGGGCCCAGGAACAAGGUCCCGUCCCCCUCCCCAGGCUUUGACAGGGGGGUUUUGGGGCCCCCCCUGCCCCCCUUUUUCUCGGGCUCCCCCAGUUCCUGCUUCUCCAGCGGGAUCCAGGCCGGGCUCAAGCAGAGCCACCUCAGCAAGCCCCUGGGGAUCCCCCCGAGUUCCCCGGAUCCCAUCCUGCCCUUGGGACCCUCCACUCCCCACUCCAAGGCGGCCCUGGGGGGUCACAAACGAGGUUUUUCCCACCUGCUCCCGUCCCCGGAGCCGAGUCCCGAGGGUUGUUACGUGGGCCAACAUUCCCAGGGCCUGGGGGGGGCACUACGCCGACUCCCACCUCAAGAGGAAGAGGAUCUUUUAG